AUGGAAUUCUCUGCUCCAGGAGAAUCAAUAUUAAAAAACUCUUUAAACUUUUAUAUCUUCACAAAAGUGUCUAAUGAAUGUGCAAGCUGGCUAUCUAAUAUCUUUUCAUGGUCUUUAGAAUAUACUAUACUGUUUGACCUUCAUAAGGAAAAAAUAAGGUAUUUAAAAGUGCUCUCCUUUUCCUUAAUUAAAUAGAAAAAUAAUAACAAUUUAUUUUGUGGAUCUCAAACAAAAAUAACAAAGAUCAUUCUAUUAAAUGUUUAUAAGUCUUGUAAAAAUCAUAAAAAUUGCUUCAAAACCUUGAAUUUUCAGUUUCUGAUUUUGAAUAAUUAGGUGCUUAAAUAUUAAGAAUUAAAAAGUCAGAAUUAAUCUGAUGAACAAUAAAAAAAAGUGCAGAAAACACGCCAAAUAUGUAUGAUUUAGCUUAUACUUAAUUAUAUUAGUGAAUGGAAUUUCUGCUACUCUAAGUGUAGCAAACUUCAACUAAUAUUUUACUCAAGGCGGAUUAAAUAUUCACACUGAAAUAUCAUUUAUAAUCUAGAUGAAUUAAUAACAAAAUAAAGUGUCUUGUUGUGCAGUACUAUAUAUCAACAAUAUAGUGAGAUUUAUUAAAAAUCAAAAAUUUCAGGCUUGAUUUCAAAAUUCUUGCCUUAAGAAUAAAUUUACUUUCACUGCUUUUUUGAUAUCUAAGAAUUAUUCAAUUUCAUAAGCAUAUGUCUUUUAUUGUUCCAGUUACCAAAAUAGUUGGCUGAACAAUAAUUAAAAAGCUAUGAUUCAUUUUAUUUGAGAUUUUCUAAAAUCAAUAAGAGCUUUAAUUGCUGUUUAAUUAAUCUUCUUCUCUAAUCAAGAUAAAGAUAAAAAUCAUGAUAUAAUUUUCACUUAUUGGUUAUACGCUUAUUUAUUAAGUAUUUAAGUCCUCUUUUAAACUUUUUGGAGCUACAAAAGUAUAUUAAUGAAAGAUAUAAUCUUCUUAUUAAUUUCAACUCUUUAUAAACCAAAAAGUAAUUAAAAAGAAUUUUAAUUGAGACUUAACAUAGAAUUAUUCAGAGAUAUAUUAAAGAAUAAAAAAAGUUCUUAAUUUUCAUAUUUAGUUUCUUGGUUGGAAAUCACAAUGUUCGCUUAUAUAGUUUGUACAAAACCCUGA